AUUUUGUGUUAGAGGAAGCAGUAUCUCUCUUGGAUGUCCUAACAACAUAGUUCUAAAUUAAAAAAACCCAAAACAACACAGUCUUAAACAGAAGCAGCUGGGUAUUAGGCAAGGAAUUACUGGACACACUGGAGGUGAUCACACGCAGAGAAUAUAUGGCUGUGUCAUCAAUAGUACUGCUAUGAACGUUCUCUAACUGCCUAGAGAAGAAAAGUUACGAUGGAUUUACGAAACAUUCCCUACCGUUCAGACGUGGUUACAUGGAACGCAGAUGACUUAGCAGAAUAUUUUAGGAUGUUAAAGUAUAAGGACUGUGAGAAAGUUGUGAGAAAGCACAGCAUAAAUGGACAAAGGUUUUUGAACAUGUCUGAAAAUGAUAUUCAGAAAUUUCCCAAACUCAGAGUGCCAAUUGUAAGUAAAUUAAGUCAAGAAAUAAACAAAAAUGAAGGGAAGCUAUCUUUCUUUCCAAAAUGGGCCCAAACACAAAAAUCUCCUGAAAAUCCAGGAUACAGUCAAGAAGACGGUGACUGGUCUUCAUUUGAUGAAGAUGAUGAUGACUAUGAAAGCCCUGAUGAUGACCAGGAAAAGGAAGAUGAAGCUGACUAUGAAUCACCAACAGAAGAACCUGAGGAAGCAGAACAUGACAGUGAUGGCUAUGAGCCACCUCCAUCCAAUAAUGAUGAAGCACACCACAAUGUCAUAUUUCCUGCCAAGUCACUUGCAAACAACACAGAUUAUAUAGACAGACCACCAACAACUAGAUCAUCACAUCAGCCUCCAGUACCACCCCAGCGACCUGGCCCAUCCCCAGUACCAGCCUCAUUUGGGGGAAGAGGUGCUUCUCUGCCAGCUUUUCCUCCUCCGCCAAGCAACAAUGACUUGAGUAGAGACAGAAAUAUCAAGCCUUUGAAACCCCCAGCUCCUUCUAUAGACAGAAGCACAAAACCCCCACUGGAUCGCCUUGCUCCCCCAUUUGAAAGAGAAAGCCCAGCAUCAGGGAGGAAGCCGGGCUUUCCUGAAAAGCCUCUGACUUCGCAGCUAAGAUCCCUGGGGGAACAGCUAGCAAUGAUGCCAAAACCUCCUGUCCCACCAAGUGACAGAUAUGAAAGAGGCAAUCCUACUCCUCCAAGGAAGCAAACCCCUGUAAAGCAGGGUUGGCCACCACACAAAAAAAAUGAAGAGGAAGAAGACACUGCACCCCAAAGACCAGUGCCACAGCUAUCUUUGCCCCCAUACAGCUCCAAUACAUUCCCAGCCAAAUCUGUCAAGCCUCCACCUAAGCCAGGAUCCAACAGUAUGCCUGCUGCAGAAAGUGCUAGAAACCUGUCUUCAAGUGGCUCACUACCACCACGCUUACAUCCAGGCAACACCAGCAGAUCUCCUUCACGAGGUGCAUCUGACAUAAGACCUCCAUUGCCAAUUCCUAGCAGACAGACUGUUCACCAAAUGAACAUGGAGGAAGAUGAGGACUCACUAAAUGAUGAAUGGUAUGUUGCUUAUGUUAGCCGGCCAGAAGCAGAAGCAGCUCUUCGAAAAAUAAACAAGGAUGGAACAUUCUUGGUAAGAGACAGCUCAAGAAAAACUGCAACUCACCCAUAUGUACUGAUGGUGUUGUACAGAGAUAAGGUAUACAACAUCCAGAUUCGGUAUCAGGAGCAAAAUCACAUAUAUGUGUUAGGAACCGGCUUAAAAGGAAAAGAGGAUUUUUCUUCUGUAGCAGAUAUCAUUGAUUACUUCCAAAGAACACCUCUUCUUCUGAUUGAUGGAAAAGACAGAGGUUCAAGAAAUCAGUGCAUGUUAAAAUAUGCUGCAGGACAUAUUUAAAUGAGACCUUAACAAAGAUUACAUAUAGUAUUGAAGCCUACUGAAGUUUGGAAACUUCAAGAUAUUUCCUUUUUCAGCAAACUAAAAUCAUGAAUUCAUUAAAAAUUCUUUUAAUUUUAAGGAAAAAGGACAAUGUUAUUUUUAAAUUAUGCCUUAAAUGUAGUACUCUUUAAAUCUGAUUUUCCUACAAUGUGUUUAUUACUGUCCACUAAUCAUACAGUACAUGAGAAAUCUUUAUCUUCCAACAUACAUCUUCUUGAAAUGAUUUCCAUGCCAAAUCAGAAGAUCCAGAAGUAAACACCAAUACAAGUCUCUGGAGGAAAAAGAAAAGGAAGCUAUUUUUCAGAUCAGAACUGCAGCAGCAAUUAUGUUAUUUAAAGUGAUACAGAGAAAACCCAAACCUUGUCAAAGUUUAGGAGUAGACAAAAGACAAUAAAACCCCAAUUUUUUCCCCCAAUCCACUUCCCAAGAAAUCUAACUAUGGCCACUUCUACGAAAAGACUGGGACUCCAACCUGGAUCCUAAAGACACCCAAGUUUCAGCGACACCGAAAAAAAACCCCAACCGUGGAUAUGCAGCUGCCUGUUGAGAUCCAUGUCUGUGUUAUUCAGCUAUGAAACUGUCUUUGUUCACACUUUUCUAGAAAAAUAAAAUACCUACAGAUACCAUGUUCUCUCUGCCAUUCACUGACGGCAUGUCUUAGCCCCCAAAUUGGAAUCAUGGAUCUCCUAGGAUCCUCUAACUUCACUCAGAAACAAACUUUUCUCUUCAGCUGCGUCUUUCUGACUCUCAAUUAAGCAACUACUUUUUUAUAAGACACACAUCAACAAGAUUAUCAUCAUGUGAUUCUUAAUUGGCAGAACACGCCCAAAUCUCUUAGAAAGCAGAGACACACAACCAGGCUAAACUUAGUUCCUCUUAUACAACUGCUUUCUGGUUUUACUGUAUUUUUUCAAGAAAAACAGUAACAUUCUCAGUUCUAAAAAUGUAAGUGGCAACUGAGGACCACUGAAGCAUACUAUAACACGAGGUUUUCCAUCUCCUUUGUUAAGUGGGACUUGUCCAACUCUUUGCCUCGGUUUUCUAGUAACCUUUUUUUUUUCUGACAAGACCUUGGUUUGAUAAUUAUGUUAGACUUUGUCACACUUUUCCUCCUUUAAAGCCAUUUGUGUGCCUAUCACUUGAAACACAAAUCAAAAUUCAAGGCAGAUAAAUACCUUUGUGUAAUCUAUAUAGAUUCUCAGAUAAGAUAAUCAGAUUUCACAAACAGUUUUACUUUAAAUAUGUAUGUUUUGUAAAUGUUAUCUUCCUUUCUAAUAUAUUUAGCUAGGAGCUGGAAUUCAAAGUUAGUGAAUUUCAUUUCCAUGCAACUAUCAAUAAAAAAAAAGAUGAAAAAAAAAUUGUGAAAAUUCUUCAGCUGACAAAACCUGUUUCUAGCCCAAUAUUUUUUAAAAGCUCACUACUAAUCUUGUGAAAGAAAAGUCAUUUAUAAUGUAUGUUUUUCAAAAUGUGCUAAAAUUAAGAACAACAUCCUCCAUAUUACCACUGAGUCUGUGAGCUGGAGGUUGUAAUUCUAUUCUGUUGCACUGCCUUGAAAAGUGACAACCUAGAAAUACCUCCUAUGGAAUCGUGUUUUAUUUGUUUCAAAUGAUCUCAUUAGUGAAAGCAAAAUAAAACAUAAACCAGCAUAACAAAUUGCAACACUACAUAUUUUUUUCAGCAGAGUAAAUCUUGGUUUGAUUAUUCAGGCAAAUAUAUUUUGUAUAUGAAUAAAACCACACCUCAACAUUCAAACAUGCCCACAAGUAAAGUAUGAUUGACUAUUAAUUGUAAUGAACUACACAAAAAUACCGGCUACUCAAAUUUUGGGUCAAGAAGAUUUCAGGAUAGAGUAUUUAGACUGCUAACUCCUCCUUUCUUUUGUAGCUAGGUGCAUUAGAGAGUCACUAUAGAAACUAGAAUGAAAGUACUUUCGGUUUUCCUGAGGUAAUCUGCUCUUUGGCCUCCUUCCUCAGCAACAUUUUUAGAAUGAGGAAGCCAGAUCAAAUGACAAGUUGCAGUUCCUCCUUUACUGGCUGUUUCUUAUCCCAUUUUCUGGAGCACAACUGAGAUAAGACUGCAAUGACUGGACUUAAAGUAAUCUAAAAAUCUUUUGUUACUGUUUCAGUAUGUCUUUGUUUAAAAGGAGAAAACCACAUACGAAAAAUUUCACGCCUAGUUUCCUGGAAAAACUUCAUGCCCAGUUUCCUGACCUUUCUAGUUAAUUGUAUC